UUUUCGAAAUUUUGGUUGAAUUUGUAAGAAUUAGAGGGUAAAUAAACUCUGAAAGAAAAUGCCUGCGGAUUGGACCGUAUAAACCGGAGACCGGUUUGGAUAGUAAACGAUGUCGUUUUGCGAGUUUUGGUUGACUCGAAACGAAGAGUUAACGGCAAGAGUUAUGUUGCUAACCGCCGUCAAAAUGUUUCGACGGCGAUUAUCUGGUGCUGUUAGGUAAUAGGGAGAAUGCUCACUUCUCUUGAUGGCCGUUGAUUUCCGUUGGGGGUGAGAAAUCAUCGACGGCUAAUAUUUAUUAUGUGGGAUUUGGAGAACAGUUGAUGAGAAUGAGAGCGGGAACGUUUGUAUAACAGACAACAAUAGUCUUCUGGGUUUUGGCUCUCUUACUCUGUUUCUCUCCUUCCGAGAAAAUUCUCUUUUCCCAGAAAAUUUUAUUCUGUUUCUUCUCUAAGAAUCUAUUCCCGUAGAGAUCUCGAGAAUGGAGAAACGGGUCGACCCUUCGCUCAUGUGCAAGUCAUUCUUGGUGCUUCUUCUUCCACUUCUUGGAAUUGUUUCUCGAUCUGAUGCGAGGACACGCACUUAUCGAGCGCCGAGUUUCAUGCGCUUCGUCUCGAACGCGACGGACUUCGCGUCGGAGGAUUACUACGACUACAUAGUCGUCGGCGGAGGAACAGCCGGCUGCCCGCUCGCGGCGACGUUGUCUCAGUCCUACCGAGUUCUCCUCCUCGAACGCGGCGGUGUUCCGUACAACAGAGCAAACCUAAUGUCGCGUGACGGUUUCUUGUCGACUCUCAUAGACGUUAACGGCGUUGAUUCCCCCGCUCAGGCCUUCACUUCUGAGGACGGAGUCCCUAACGCCCGAGGCCGAGUUCUUGGCGGUAGCAGCGCCAUUAACGCUGGGUUUUACAGCCGAGCAGACAUUCAGUUUUUCAAGAACUCUGGCGUGAAUUGGGACCUUAGGGCAGUGAACCAGUCCUACGACUGGGUUGAGAGGGCAAUUGUGUUCCGGCCUCGUCUCAGGAGGUGGCAGACCGCGGUCCGGGACGCAUUGCUCGAGGCCGGAGUUCAACCCUUUAACGAGUAUACCUUGGAACAUCGGGUGGGGACAAAGAUCGGAGGAUCAACAUUUGAUCGAUUCGGGAGGAGACACAGCUCUGCAGAUCUCCUGAGAUAUGCAAGAUCUGCCAAUAUCAGAGUAGCGGUUCACGCCACAGUGGAGAGAGUCUUGUUGGCUUCUUCCCCCAGUGAUUCCCGUUCUAAUAACGUCUCGGCCAUUGGGGUCGUGUACCGUGACCAGCUCGGACGGUACCAUCACGCGCUGGUCAGGGAUAAGGGAGAAGUGAUACUGUCAGCUGGCGCUUUAGGCAGCCCUCAGUUGCUUCUCCUUAGCGGUAUCGGCCCGAGGGGUUAUCUCUCUUCGUGGGGUAUUCCCAUUGCGUUUCACCAACCCUACGUCGGGGAGUACUUGUACGAUAACCCGAGGAACGGGAUUUCCAUCGUUCUGCCCGUUCCGCUGGAGAGUUCGCUGAUACAAGUUGUGGGUAUAACGGAAGUCGGAGCUUUUCUCGAAGCUGCCUCUAGUGUGAUCCCGUUCGUGUCGCCUAUCCGCUCCGUUUUCGUCAGGACUCCGUCUCCACCUCUGUAUGUACCUGUGGCUACGAUAAUGGAGAAGAUCGCAGGGCCGUCAUCUGCAGGUUCUCUGAGGCUGGCCUCGACAGAUGCGAGGGUAAACCCGAUCGUCCGGUUCAAGUACUUCAGCAAUCCGGUGGAUCUGGAGAGGUGUGUUAACGGGACAAGGAAGAUAGGGGAGAUGCUGAGGAGCCGAGCAAUGCAGGAAUUCAUGUUCAGGGAAUGGUUUGGGGUAAGGAGGUUCAGGUUUGUGGGGCCUGCGUUGCCCGAGGAUCUGUCGGACGACGAGAUGCUGUCGGAGUUCUGCAGGCAGACGGUGAGCACGAUAUGGCACUACCACGGAGGCAGCGUGACGGGGAGAGUGGUGGAUGCGGAUUUCCGUGUGGCUGGAAUCGACGGUCUCAGAGUGGUGGAUGGAUCGACGUUCAAUAUCUCCCCCGGAACCAACCCUCAAGCCACGUUGAUGAUGCUUGGAAGGUACAUGGGUUUGGUGAUUCAGAGAGAGAGAAUGGGAUACAGGUGAUCCGAGCAAGCGCAUGGACUCGGAAUUGAUAGGAUGAUCAUUCUUUUCAUUAGUUCUGUUCUUUUGGUUGUACUUCUUCUUGAUCGGAUUCGUUCGGGCUAUUGUGAGCAGAAGAGAAUCGAGGUUGAUGACACAGAUUCUGUCGCCAUUUCCACUUUUCAUAGAUAUGCAGAAUACGGUUUUGUAUUGUUCUUCCUCGAUGAUCACGUAAAUGACGUGUGAUGUGUGAACACGAGAUGCAUCUUAUCUUCUCUU